AUGUUGGCACAGAUUCUCCGUCAGAUUAUCUUCUUCAACCUGAUUGUCGCAGUUGUCUCAUCAAUGAGUCUUCUUGACGCCUACAGAUCCGAAAAGCUAACACGCCGUCGGAUAGGAAUGCAAAAUACCGAUUUCCGUCCAAUCCUUCAUUUACGCGGAGAAGAUGAUUGGCAAAAACAAAUCAACGACAACUUCUCUCCAAACCAGUUUAUGGAUGAAAACGGUAUCGUCUAUGAUAUGGACCCAACCAUCAACGACAGAAUUUCCACAUUUUUCAAUAGUCAGAGAAUAACAAACAGCAGAUUUGGAAGAAAGAAGAGAAGUCUCAUCUUCCCAAAACUUUUCGUCUGA